UAAUAGAUAGUAACACAUGAUGGCGCUUUUAAUUCUCUGUCAGUAUUCAAUGUAUACCGAAGUGAUCUCAAUAUUUCAUUUAAGUUACAUGCAUGUUUGCUUGUGACUUAUGAAGAGACAUCAUGUUGUACCUGCCUAAAUAACAUUUUCGAUAAUGCUGCUGCAAUAUUACAUAUGUAAUAUAAUAAGUUGUAAUGUGUAGUGAUGUGAUAUGUCUAUGCGUUCAUGAUAAAGUACUCGCCCUUUGUAAAUGUAUUUCGAAGCCAGGUGCCUAGAAAGCAGCUGGCAAGAUGGGCAAAUUGUUGUCAAAGAUUUUUGGCAACAAGGAGAUGCGAAUUUUGAUGCUAGGAUUGGAUGCUGCUGGGAAAACUACAAUACUAUAUAAACUUAAACUAGGACAGUCUGUAACAACUAUACCAACUGUAGGAUUCAAUGUAGAAACAGUUACCUAUAAAAAUGUUAAGUUCAAUGUUUGGGAUGUUGGAGGUCAGGACAAAAUACGUCCACUUUGGCGUCAUUAUUAUACUGGAACUCAAGGACUUAUUUUUGUAGUAGAUUGUGCUGACAGAGAUCGAAUAGAUGAAGCACGUCAAGAGCUUCAUCGAAUUAUAAAUGAUAGAGAAAUGCGAGAUGCUAUUAUAUUAAUCUUUGCAAAUAAACAAGAUCUUCCAGAUGCAAUGAAACCACAUGAAAUACAAGAAAAAUUGGGUUUAACUAGGAUACGAGAUAGAAAUUGGUAUGUUCAGCCAUCAUGUGCCACAACUGGAGAUGGGCUUUAUGAAGGCCUUACAUGGUUGACCAGUAAUCAUAAAUUAUGAGCAAAUAUUUAUUUUUCAUCAAUUAGCCACAUACCAAGAAUGGGCCAUUCAGAACGCAGGGCUCGAUAUAAAACGCUUUGGAGUAAGGAAGAAAUUGAUUACAUCAAUAAAACUGUCGGCAUUUCUUAACAUUUAUGCUUCAUGGAUCGUAUUCUUUAUUUUAUAAAAAUUAAUAAAAAAUAUGAAAGUUAUAUUACAUACAUAAUUUAGUUUUUUAAAUAAAAACUGAAAAGAUUAAAUUUAGAAAAAAAAAUUAGAAAAAACGAAUGUUUUUUUAUUAAUAAUAGAUUUUACUUAAUAAAUAUGGUCCAUAAAAUUUAAAAAUUAAGGAAUGUUGACUUGUACUAUUAGCCAAAGAAUUCUCAAUGCACCAGUUACACAUCGAAAAAGAAGUUAUUAUAAUAUUGCAAGGAAAU